AAAGACUUGAAGACUCUGGUUUGUUUCUUCUCUGUAUAACCGUAACAACCACAUUAAUUUUCUCUUUUUUUAAUUUAAUUAUUUUAAAUGAUUAUAAUUUCCCUCUCAAAGAGGCGAAGCGAAUCAGAAGGCUGUGUAUAAAUACUCUGUAGCUUCUUCUCUUUGAGUUGUUUUCUCUCUCUAACUCGAAAUCUCUGAUCUCUCUCUCUCUCUCUCUCUCUCUCAGUAGCUAAGAAAAUUUUCUCUACAUUUUCUCGGCAGUUUCUUUCGUUUUCUCUCUAACUCCAGAACUGCCGGAACUUUUCACCGGGGGGAAAGAUGACAAACGAAAUCGCGCCGUUUAGCUACGCCGGUGUCGUCGGAAUCAAGAAGUCCCAAGGAGAUUCGUCCUGUGGCGGAGGAGUCGUAUCGUCGUCUCUCUUCUCUGAUCAGCUCUACAAAUCGAGUCGCAACAUCAUGCAGCAGCAGCGUCAAGAUAUGGUGAAUCGCGAGGCGUUGUGUUACACGCGUCUCCAUGAGGCUUCGCUGGAAGCAGAAGCGCUUCGUCUUGAGAACACUGAACUCCGAUCGAUGAAUCGUCACCUCAAGACUGAGCUUAACAGUCUCAUCAGGUCUUCGAUCCAGAGCAGACUCGAUUACGAUAGGGUUCCGCUGCGGAUGCUUAGCAAUCUUUCCAUCGGAGGUAACGACGCCGACGAAGUGGAGAAUCAGAACAACCAGAACCGUACGGUUAAGAGAGAUGACGUUAGUGAUGAGAGUCCGACGAGUGUUAUGGAGAAUGAGGAUAUGAACCGUUCUUCGCUCCCAAAGAGCAUCUCUGUGAGAUCUAGCGGUUACUCUAAGGCGAGCCAAGGAGGUGUUGGGGCUGCUCAGUCUGGAAAAUCUCGUGGAGCCGUACCUAAGACUGGGACUUGUGGUGGUCAACUCAGUACGACGCAAAAGGUGUAUGUGCGAGGAGGAGGGAAGAAAGAAGAUCAGGAAGAGGAGGAAAUAGAAGUGGAGGUCUACAACCAAGGGAUGACAAAGACAGAGCUGUGCAACAAAUGGCAAGAGACAGGGGCAUGCCCAUAUGGUAACCACUGCCAAUUCGCUCACGGCAUUAAGGAACUCCGCCCAGUGAUCCGCCAUCCCCGUUACAAGACAGAGGUUUGCAGAAUGGUUCUUGCUGGUGAUAACUGUCCUUAUGGUCACCGUUGCCACUUCCGUCACUCCCUAUCCGAGCAGGAGAAGCUCGUGGCUGCUGGUCUCAAACCCAAGUCAUCCUUGAAGCUCCUUACCUGACCCAUUCCUCCUCCUUCCAGCUUGUUUACAUAUAUGACCCCAAAGGUAAAACGAGAAAAGAGGUCUGAAACACAUACAUAAUAUUCCACAGAUAGUACAGAGAUGAUAGCUACUGAAACGAUCGACAAAUAGCAUUUGGUAAAAAGUGAAUAAUGUGCAUACGUAAGAGCGAGUUUGAGUCUAAUAUUUUCCUGAGACAUUAAAAACCGAGGAAUGUAUAUAUCAUCGGUUGUUCAAAUGUGAUAAAUCAAACUAGUUAUAAAAGGAGUCGUUUGGUUACUACGUACAGAGCAUUUUGGCCAUAUAUGUGAUACGUAUAUUGAUGUACUUGUACAACAAAUUCCA